UUCAGCACUGCUAAACUGUAGUUGUAGAAUGACCUGCAUUAUCACAAUUGAAGUAACUAAAGCAGGUCAUAUCUAUUUAUAGCUUUAUGCCCUUUUAACAUCAACAAGCAUGUUCGGCAACCUGUCAAGGAGAAACCUUUGACUUAUGUAUUAUCACAAUCUCACCACCUAACCUUGUGAUAAACUGUCACAAACAUUAGACGUAUUUGUAGUUUACUGUAUACUUAUCUGUGCUUGUUCAAGUACAUCAGAUAAUGUCAUCUGAUAGAGAUAGUUGUGAUAACUUUUGAAAAAAUGUAAGCAAACCAUGACAGUGCAAUGUUUGAGUCUCGUUAGUUAGGUAAUUCACAUAUUAAAUUAGCUUUGGUUCUGGAUGUCCUGAACUGUCUAGUUUAUUUUGCCAUGACUGGUUACUAAUCAGAAAGUCUCAACAUUGCAUAAUGGUAACUUUCAAGAAAUCAGUUAAUUUUUUGAAGAGAAUCAGGGAAAAGUACUUGCUGCACAAAUAGGUAAUAUCGAUUCUAAAGCUCCAGUGGGGUUCUGGUGUCUGCAGAGCUGUUUUGGAGAAUGAGCAGAGCAUAAAAGGAAGCAGUAUACAAGUCCAGUCUACAAUAUAGUAUGUGUUUACACCGCAGAUACAGUGAUCAUCGGACCUUUUAAGCAUCAGAUACUGAUCUAGUGUGGCAAAUCUCCUAAACUGACCCUUAGGCAUGAGACACCCCUCCUUGGCAUGUUCUUCAUAACAUAUGAAAUCAGUUCUUUAUUCUUACAAACACUUAGACGUACAGUAGCUUUAAAUUCUAUAAUUGUUUUUAAAAAAUGGCAACAUUUGGGAGACUAUGUACAGCAAUAUAUUCACAAUUCAAAAAAUAGUUGGUAACCUGGACACUGGUGUGUAUGUGCUUAUCUAACAUUUAACUUCAAAACCAUUGGCAUUAAUGGGUACUUAACGCAAAUUAGAUUAGUUUUAGUCAUCUCCCUAGGGGGCAGUUCCUAUGUCGUUCUUGGCCAACAGUUGCUGACAGGUCUCACCACUACAAAAUGAACACACAUUCUUCUUGUAAGCUAAUCUUGGUGUCCCCAUGGGGAGACACCAUCAUAUGCAGAUACUCUGUUCUGCACCCCCCUCCCCUUAAGUUCCUCCACCAGCUUCUCAGAUUAGACAAAGUGCAUCUAACACAAGCCUGUGCAGGGUACUAAUCCCACAUACAAGUAUUGACGAAGGCAGAGUAAGAGUUCAUGCACACAAAGGAAACAUAGUUUUACAAGUAUGAGCAACUUUGGGUACCGAAAAGAGCUCGGCAAGUACGAGGACAUAGAUGAAGACGAACUUCUGGCCUCCCUGACCAGUGAGGAGCUCCAGGAGCUGGAGAAGGUUAUGGCUGAAAUGGAACCUGAUGAGAACAUACCCACUGGGCUAAGGCAGGAGGACCAGACGGCCAAGCGGCCAACAGGCUCUUUUUCCCGAGAGGCUCUGCUGAAGUACUGGGAGGAUGAGACUCACAGAUUGCUAGAGGACAGCAUGGAUGAGUGCCAGACAGAUAAGAGCGAACAGGAAUGUGGCAGUGAAGAGCCUGAGGAUAAUGAAGAGGAGGGAGAGCAACAAAAUAGGGGGGUUAGAAAGGGGCAUGAUGGGGAGAAAGAAGUUAGGUCAAGCAAUUGGAAUUUUGUGGACUGCAAGAGGAAUGGCAUUAGUAGUCGAAAACCUAAUGGCAUCCAUAAAGGUGCCCUCCACCAUCACAUUUCUCCAGACAGACCAAGUGGUAACCCCACUGAUAUUGACAAGACCUUGGAGAACAUCUUGAGCAAUGACACCUCUUUGAGCGAAGUCAACCUAAACAACAUCGAGAACAUAUCCCAAGGGGUUUUAGUGAGUUUUGCUAAUGCCUUAAUCUCAAACACUCACGUUGAGGUUUUCAGCAUUGCCAACACCCAUGCAGAUGACCAAGUAGCUUUGGCCUUGGCCAAAAUGCUGAAGAAGAACUGCAGCAUCACCAACCUUAAUGUUGAGUCCAACUUUAUUUCGGGCAAAGGUAUCCUGGCUUUGAUUGGGUCACUUCAGUACAACACCACACUGGUGGAGCUCCGAUUCCACAACCAGCGGCAUAUCUGUGGAGGCCAAGUGGAGAUGGAGAUGGUGAAAUUGCUGAGGAACAACACCACCCUGUUGAAAUUGGGAUACCACUUUGACUUACCUGGCCCAAGGAUGAGCGCAACUGGUAUUUUAACCCGCAACCAGGACCGCCAGAGGCAAAAGCGGCUACAGCAAAGGAAAGAGCAAGACCAUUUGGAAAGAAGUGAAGAACAAUCAAAGACAUGGGACACUAUGGACAAUAAGCAGUCAUUUCAAUUCCAUAUUUCAACAGACAAAGACACUAUGCUAGCUAAGCAGAACUUGGUCUCUUCUCAUUUACCACAACAACCUCAAAGUCAACCAAAUGGUGUGAAGAACAUUCCAACUAGGAAAAUUGCUGAAAUGGUCAAGCAACAAGCAGAAACAGCAAUAAUUAGUGUGGAUCGAAACCAGGCUAAUGCAAAUAAAGGACACAAACUCACAGUGAACAAACAUGGCAAAAACAUUCUUCAAGAUGAAAAAAUUCUACCUUUGAGAAGAAAAGAAGACAGAAAUAAUCUGGGAGGCACCCAGGGGUCAACACGUGAUGAUCUAUUGGCAGCCAUUCGUGGCAGCAGCAUUGGUACACUAAGAAGGGUAAGAUGUUUAGCAUUUGUCCAGGACAUAGAGUAGCCAAGCCUUAAAAACACGGUACCCAAAUUUGCAAUACUGCUGGACAGAAAAGGAACUUCCAAGUUAAGAGUUUGGUGAACACCAACCCUGUCAAAUCAGGUAUCUUGGAAAUUGACUGCAAGACUUUAAGCAAUAAUUACCUUUUUAUACCAAGAAUUGAAUGAUUCAUUCAUUCAGUGUUUGUCCUGGUUGAGAUCAUUUAAGUUACCAUGAAAUCAUUAGCCAGGCAGUGGUAAAUACUUCUAUCAGUAUGUAAAUUCUAGCUCAAAUUUAAUAGAUGGACAUUUGUUUUAAUGUACAUUACAACCUGGUCAAAAACAUGCUAUUUGAGGGUUUCGAAACAAGUGCUCAUUUCUAGUACUCAGUGAAAGUAAAUUAGGAUCUUAAAGGGAUAGUUCAUGCAAAAAUUUAAAUUCUGUCAUCUACUCACCCUCAUGCUAUUUCAUACCUGUAUGACUUCACAAAAAAAAGUCAAAUAUAUAUAUAUAUAUAUAAAAAAAAAGUUUAUAGUGUGUUCCACGGAAGAAAAACACAUACAAGUUUGGAACAAUGUGAGGAUGAGUAUAUGAUAACAACACUUGUUUUUAGGAGAACUACUCCUGUAAGAUCUGACUAAGACAUAAUUAAUACUCUUUGUAGCUUUCACUUAAUGUAUAUGCCAUAAAUAACUCAGAUAUGGACGGUUUCCAUGACAAUACUUUUUGUAAUUGUAAAGUUAAAGGGUUAGUUCACCCAAAAAUGAAAAUUCUGUCAUUAAUUACUCACGCUUAUGUAGUUCCACACCCGCAAGACCUUCAUUCAUCUUUUGUAACAAAGAUAUUUUUGAUAA